ACCAAUGUCGUAUCGCCGUCACUAUGACUUUUUGAAUUCAGCAGCAAUGGCGAUGAAAGAGUUGAUUCUGAAAUAACAUAUUAAAAUUAACUGUUCAAGAUACUUACUUACUACUUCAUAAGUGUUUAAUUUAACAUUGCUUGUCUAAAUCUUUUUUUAUACAAUCAUGAUACAUUUUAAAGACGGUAAAAACAAAUCAUCAGCGUUAACUACAAGAUGGGCGCAAAUGUCAAAGCAGGAACAAAUAAUAGAAAGAAAGAAGAUGGAAAUUCAAGCUAAGCUGGAAGCUCAGAAGCAAGCCGCUGCUUUAGCGGCCCAAGCUAAAUUGAUAAACCCAAGUGCCAAAGAAGAAAAAGGUUCUAACAAUAUUUUUUCAAAUGAUGGUAGCUUUAUGAGUCAGUACAAGGCUCUUAUUGAAAAGCAAAAGAAAGAGAAAGAGGAGAAGGAACAAAAAGAGAGGCAAGAAGCUCUUGAAGCUGAAAAAAUUAAUAUAAUUGAAGCUAAAUCUGAAGUUCAAAGAUCAGACGAUCAUGGAUCCAAUGAUAAUCAAAGCAGUAAUAAUGAUAGAAAGUCUAAUAGAGAUAGACAAAGACGAUGGGGCGAUAGAGGAAAGAACCGCUCACACAGUCCCACUACACCAGCUAUAGAAGACAGAAAGAAAAUCAUAGAUCAAAAAAAUAUACCAUCCUUAAUGCAGAUACCUGUUAUGCCUCCUGAACCUCCAUCUCCUAAUAAUAAUCAAUGGAGCAAUGAUGAUUCUAAUGAUCCCAAUGAUUCAGAGCAAAAUAACCAAUCUAACAGUUCUUCUGUACCUGACUCUAGUAUGAUGCCUGGGCCAAUAGGCCCUGGCCCUAUGGGUUUCGGGCCAAUGGGGCCUGGCAUGAUGGGUCCAGGAAUAAUGGGCCCCGGCCCUGGCCAUAUGGGCCCUGGACCUGGCCCUAUGGGCCCUGGACCUGGUUCUGUGGGUCCAGGUCCAAUGGGAAAUAGAUUUAUGGGCCCUGGAGGAAAUGGCCCAAUGCCCAACAAUGGUCCUAAUAUAGGUCCUAGGCCUAUGAUGGGUUGUGGUGGACCCAUGCCUCCUUUCAUGGGUGGACCUCCAAACUUCCAAAUGCCACCUAAUUUCAUGGGUCCAAAUGGGCCAAAUGGGCCAGGUGGUCCAUGUGGUCCAGGUCCUCUGCCGCCUAAUUUGUGUGGACCAAACAUGCGCGGUCCAGGGCCUAACGGUCCGAUGCCUCCAUUUUUCCCACCAUUCCCUAAUCCACAAAUGAUGAGACCCAAUGGGCCACCAAAUUCUAUGUUACCUCCUAAUUCCAUGAUGCCUCCGAACUCUUUGGGGGAUAAUAAUAAUCAAAACAACAUGCCAUUUAUGGGACCACGGCCUCCAUUUGUGCCAAAUUGUCCUAACUUCGGGCCAGGGGGUCCAAAUGGUAAUGGACCACCUAUGCCUUUUAUGCCACCUAAUGUGAUGCCCCCAAAUAACAUGCCUGGAAAUUUACAAGGCAUCCCUGAACCAAAACCCUUAGAAGCGGGUAGCAUUCCACCACCAGAACCCAUGAAACUUCAGAGCAUUCCCUCCCCAUCACCUCUCCAACUAAAUCACAUCCCGCAACCAAAAGACAUGGAGCCAGGAAAUCUACCACCACCAAAUUCUUUACAAGUUUUCUCUGCAGAUCGGAUGCCGCCGCCCGUCCAUCGAGCCGCCAUCGAAGUAGCCACCAACGGCGACCAAUGGGAAAAUGUCCUGAAAGCCAUUCACUCCCAAGACCAAAAUAUGUGGUUCCUCCAUAAUCCGAACUCUAAUGAGUAUAAGUCGUUUCGCAAUCUCGUGAAUAAGAUACGGAAUGAAGGUCCAGGCUCAAUCAAACCCGAGGUAAAACCAGAGGAUAAAUAUGAACCCGAAUUUUGUUUGGAAGAUGAUGACAGUAACGACUCCAAACCAAUUAAACAGGAGACGUUUAGCAAUUACCAAGAGUCAACACACAACAACACAUACUCUGCAAACAUUAAGGCCGAGCACACAAGCUCACAGAGCGACGACGACUCUGAAGUGAAACGGGAACGACGCAAGAGGAAGAAGUCCAGAUGGGGAGAUGACCCACCUGUCACUGAUAUUAAGCCACCUGGAGUGUUGGUUCCUAAUACUUUACCACCUGCAUUACCAGGUGCAAAAUUAGCAAAGAUAGAUGAAAAUGGCUUAAAGCUGACAAGCCUUAAUAAAAAUAAUCCAGCCCUGAUGCAGUAUGCUAUGACCAACUAUGGUACUACAAAUCUGAGCCCAGAGGACUGGGCGAAAUGUGAAGAUAAUUUUAAAUUAAAUUUACUGUAUCAGGAUAUGUUGAAGAAAAGAGAAGAAGUAGAACGCUUAAACGCAGCUGGUAGAAACAAGUACGAAUAUGACAGUGAUGAAGAUACAUCGGAAGGUACUUGGGAACACAGAUUGCGUGCGAAAGAAAUGUGCGCGACGGAGAGAUGGGCGGACGAGCUCACGAAGCAAGCGGCUGGGAAACAUCACAUUGGCGACUUCCUGCCUCCCGAAGAACUGAGGAAAUUCAUGGAGAAGUAUUCAGGGGCGAAAGGUGGCAAAGAGCCAGAUUUGAGCGACUACAAGGAAUAUAAACUCAAGGAGGAUAAUGUCGGUUUUAAAAUGCUCCAGAAGUUGGGGUGGAAUGAAGGACAAGGCCUCGGCGCCGAGGGCACUGGUAUCGUGGAUCCUAUUAAUAAAGCGAACCAGCCGGUAGCGAACAUGGGGCUGGGAGCGGGCACGUCGGACGCGGUGUCGCCGGACGACGACGAGUUCGACGCCUACCGCAAGCGCAUGAUGCUGGCCUACCGCUUCCGCCCCAACCCGCUCAAUAAUCCGCGCCGUCCAUACUACUGAAGCAGCUACAAAUAUUACUAAUGAUUAAUUAUUAGUUAAUUCAAUGUAAACAUAGUCUGAUAGGUGGAAAUUUUCAAAAUAUAGUAAAGUACACAAAUGGGAAUAGUUGCUUUAAGUAUAUUUUUUUUAAACCUUGAAAUUGUAUAAUGAUUUUUCUGUAUGAAAAAAGACAUCCUUUUGCGAAUAUUUCUGCGAAUAUAAGAUCACUUAUUAAAUAUUAUUUGAUCAAAGGAAACUACCCUCCAAAAUAGAAUUUAAACAUUGGAAUAGACCAGUGUAAGUUAGUAGUUAUUUGAAUAUAAAUAGGUUUACGGAAUAGUAGUUUUAUUUUGUAUCAUUUUUUUUAUUAACCACAAUGUACCGAUUAGAUAAACUAUUAUUAUGUAAGGAAAUGUAAGUCUUCGAAGUACACUUCCAUUUUGUAUUAUAGAUUAGGUGUAAAGGUAUAUGUGAAGUAUGUUCAUAAUAAACAAUUAUAAAAUAAA